AUGAGGAAUUUCGUCCAACAUGUCCUACACUUCUUCAAAACGGAAAGCCACGUACUAUUACGACGAAAAUCAUUCAUGUUUGGCAUCAGAUGGAAACAAAAGAGCAGCUUUCCAACGAACGCUGAUUUCUCGUUAGCAGAGAACGAAGCCAUUCUCGCGGCUUCCAAAUUAUGCCUGAUAUUCAUCGUCUACUCCUUCCUCGCGUCCUUGAAAACGAAAACGUACUCGCACGUGGACAGACUUUGGAGUUUGACGCCAAUUUUCUACUCGUUCGUGUUUACGUAUUACGGGAAGUUUAACUCGAGAAACGUGCUGAUGAGCGCGCUGAUUUUCAUUUGGGGAGUAAGGUUGACUCGUAAUUUCGCGAGGAAAGGUGGAUAUAAUCGCGGAGAGGAGGACUAUCGAUGGGCGGUGUUGAGAGAAAAGAAAAUUUUGAAUUCAAAAUUCGGUUGGUUACUGUUCAAUUUCUCCUUCAUAUGUUUCUAUCAACACGCGCUGUUGUUCUUAAUCACGGCGCCGUGCGCGUGGGCGGCGACACCGUACGCUCAAAAAAUACCUUUGAACGAGUACGAUUUGUACGCCACGCUUCUUUUCUUAUUCUUCUUCAACUUGGAACGCGUCGCAGAUAAUCAACAGUGGCGGUUUCAACAGGCCAAAUACGGCAAGGCGAAGCGGGAGGCGAAGUACGAAACGGAUUACCAAAAUGGGUUCUUGAGUAAAGGUCUGUUCGCGCGGUCCAGACAUCCGAACUUUUUCAGCGAACAGAUGAUUUGGUGGUCUUUAUGCGUUUUCGUUUUGGCUUCUGGUGGGUCCGCGUUGCCGCAAUCGUGCUCGGAGGCGAAAGAAAACUGGUAUUGGUUGCGUUUACCGAAGACGCUGAGGUGUUGCGGAUCGUGUUUUUUCGUGUCCAUCCCUGGUCUCAAGUGUGGCUGCGAGGCUUUGCACGCGUGCUAUGUAGGUGCGGUUUUGUUAUCUUUGUUGUUUCAAGGAUCGACGGCGUUUACCGAGCAAAUCACGGCGGGGAAGUACCCGACUUACAAAGAGUACCAAAAGAAGGUGAAUAGAUUGUUUCCCGCCUUGAGACCGCCUUCAUUUUUUUUAUCCGCCGAGAACGCCGCGACCAGGAUUCAACACGCGUGGAAGAAGAAGAAGAAAUCAAACGCGGCGACGACGAGUACUCCCGGCAAGUUCAAGAAAGUUUUUUUAUCCUUCGGGAGGAAGAGUAGUAGUAAUAACACUCCCGCCAAGAAGAGCGAAUAA